UUCUGAAAUAUCCUGCCAUUUGACCUGACAGUCAGUAUACAGAGAUGGGAUUUAAAUGAGGACCUGGAGAGAAAAUGUCAGUACGAGGGAAUACAAGUUUCGGAUCUGUACCAUCAAAGAAAAGAACAGUAAUCAAGCCCAGCAGCAGAUACAGAGAGGAGAAAGAUUCCGCUCCAAGGAGGAUAGUGAAAGAAACCAGAGCAGUUGUCAUAGAUAUUGGUACGGGCUCUUGCAAAUGUGGGUUUGCAGGAGAACCAAAGCCAAACCAUGUGGUCUCAACUACUGUAGGUAAGCAUCUCCAGGAAACUGCAAAAACAGGUGAUAAUAGGAAAGAAACCUUUGUUGGCAGAGAACUUGAAGAUGCAACAAUACCCCUGAAGCUUGUCAAUCCUUUGGUACAUGGAAUCAUAGUAGAUUGGGAUACCAUUCAGGACAUAUGGGAAUAUCUUUUCCAUGAGGAGAUGAAGAUUCGACCUGAGGAACAUGCAGUUUUAAUAUCAGAUCCUCCGCUGAGUCCGACCACCAACAGAGAAAAGUAUGCGGAAAUGCUCUUUGAAACCUUUAACACCCCAGCCAUGCACAUUGCUUACCAGUCUAGAUUGUCGAUGUAUUCCUAUGGAAAGACAUCUGGCCUCGUUGUGGAGAGCGGCCAUGGUGUUUCCUAUGUGGUUCCUAUUUAUGAAGGUUACACUUUGCCUAACAUUACUGAAAGGGUGGAUUAUGCUGGAUCGAAUGUCACUCAGCACUUGAUGAAUCUCUUAAACCAUUCUGUAAAAUUGUUCACGGAGAAGGAUUGGAGUGUCUUGGAAGAGAUCAAAGAGAACUAUUGCUUCACUUCACUGGAUUAUCCUCAGGAUACAGCUGCGCCUUCUAGGAAGUAUGAGAUUGAAUAUGAGCUUCCUGAUGGGCAAACCAUCAUUCUUGGCAAAGAAAGAUUCGCAUGUACUGAAAUACUCUUCAAGCCCUCCUUGGUAAACUCCCAGCAGCUGGGACUUCCUCUCCUGACCAUGACUUCUCUGAAUAAAUGUGAUGCCGCCCUCAAAAAGAACCUGAUGGGCAACAUCUUGUUGUGUGGGGGCUGCACCAUGAUCAAGGGCUUUGCUGACCGCUUCCAGAGAGAGCUUGUUCGAAUGUGUCCAAAUGACAAUCCCAUUUCAUCGGCUUCCCCUGAAAGGAAAACGUCAGUAUGGACUGGAGGCUCCAUCCUGGCAUCCCUCAAAGCGUUCCAACAGCUCUGGGUUCACAGGAGAGAAUAUGAAGAACGGGGUCCGUUUUACAUUUACAGGAAAUGUUUCUGAGCUCCUAAGGUACCUGAGUCUGUUCCCUGCAGCCAAAACCUGCCUUGCUAGAUCUGGAAUAAUCUGAGAAGGCUCACACUUUCUUUUUCAGCUUUACCUUCCAAAAUAUAACUUGGUCCGUGAACACUAAAUAAUGGUCUCCUUCCUGUUCUCCUGCUAUUAAAAACUCCCAGUUGUAGUUGCACAGUG